GGUGGAAAAGGAGGCACAGGAUUUAUUGAAGACUGCCCUUCUUACCAAUAGAACAGAUUAUGUGGAAACGCUUCUGGAUUUAAACGUACCAGUGUCUUUAGACGUCAUCGGUGAGCUUUACAAGUGUGCGUUACCAGUGGAUGGUACGGAGAAGAGUGACUCAUCGGGAAUGCGCUGGGUUUUGAUGGAAAUGGGAGGGGAGGAAAAGCUCGCAAAGCAUCUUUUUGAAGGUGAGGAGGACUGCCAUGAAGUAGCACAGAAGAUGUGUAAACGCCUCCUCAAUUACAAAAAAACAGAAAAUGAUGCCCACUGCUCAUCUUCAACCUGUAAUUCUAAUAGAAUGAAGGAAUACGUGAACCGACAAGAGUUCCUUCAGGCUGUCCUGUUGUGGUCACUUUUGACCCAUAGAACGGACAUUGCUACCUUGGUUUGGCGGAGGGUCAAGAGCCAGCUAUAUACCGGCCUUGAAAGUGCAUUAAUUUUGAAAAAGAUGUCCUCCAUAGCCAAAUUGAAAGACGAGAAGUUAGCAAUGAAGCUAAAAGAACAAGCAAAAGAUUUCAGAGGCCGGAUUUUAAGCAUGAUGGACAAUCUUUAUCAGACUGAUGAGACUCUAGCGUUUGAAAUUUUGGACGAACUAGACGUUGUAUGGACUAUUCAAGCCAAACCUCUAUCGUUUGUGUAUGAAUCGAAGAUGUACGAUAUUAUUGCCCACCCUUGCUCUGUUGGUCUAAUGAACAAAAUAUGGUUUAACGGUCUUAUUCCAAGUGGAACAAGAUUUAUCAAAGAUUUCUUGGCAAAAUAUAUAUUGUUGUGUUAUGUUAUCAUGUAUUUAAACAAAACUAUCAAUAAAAUUCACCCUGUUGAUGUAAUCUACAAGCUGUCCUAAUGUGUGAAGUAUUUA